ACAGAGAGACAGAGAGAUGGUGAGAUGGUGAGAAUGUAAGCAAGUAAGUAAACAAGAGAGAGUGAGGGAGAGAUAAUAAGAGAGAGAUAAUCAAAGAAAUUGCGUCAGGGAAAAUAGUGAGAAAGAGUUAGGUUGUAAAACAGAAAGAGCGAAAGAAGAAACAGGAAAAGGAGAAGGGCAAGGGAGAAAGAGAGAAAGAGUGAAAGAAAGAACGAGAGAGAGAGAGAGAGAGAGAGAGAGAGAGAGAGAGAGAGAGAGAAAGGUGACACAGAGAGGGAGGUUAAGAGAACUAGAGAAUGAGAGAGAGUGCCAGGGCGUAGGGAGGCCAUGAGCCCGCGUGGCCCGCCCCGAGUGAGUGCCGUGGCACCACGUAGCAGCAGUAGCCGGCCUGCAGCCAGUUCGACGGCACCAACAUUGUCACUAUAGAAAGCUUGUCUACUUUAUUUUUUCGAUGUACUUAUUUUUGGAAAUAAUGUGAGAAAUAUACUUACAUAGAUAUAAUUUUGAAGAGUUUUGAAGAGAAAAGAUAAAAGCAAAAGUUAUUAGCCCUCCCCCCACAAAGUCAUUUUUGCACUUGAGGUUUAUCAAUUCGAAACACAAAGUGAAAAGAAGACUCAUAUUAAAAACUGCAUUUAGUUAUCCAACACCCAAUGUCUCAUAACCCUUUUGAAGUGCGGCGCCACAGAGUGUUGAUCGAGCAGUUAACAGUGAAGCCAAGAUUGAGGUCGCCGAGGACUGUGUGGUUGUGUGGUGCCCCGCCGUCCCCGCUGGCGCCCCCCCGCUGGCACUGUCGUGGCUGUGUCCGCCCACGCCCACGCCCGCACUGAUGGGGCGAGAAUACGAGCUCCGCGCCCACAACACCCACGACAUGGAGGACAAGCCGCCCAGCAGGACGCCCUCACCCCCGCCCACGCUCGCGACGCUCCUGCCCGUCAACCUGAGCAUCGCGACCACGCAAGCGCUCGUCGUGGUCUCGGCGCUGCCCGCCUCCUCGGCCUCGCCGGGCGCCACGCCGCUCUCCGUCACGCCCGUGCUGUUGGCCGCCGAGUCGCCCGCGCCGCCCGGGGCCCCGCCCGCCAGCCUCGACUCCGAGGGGCGCGCCGGGCUGAGCGCCGCCGCACCGUCGCCAGAGCCGCAAUCCCUUCUCCACCCGAGCGUGGCUGAAGCCCUGUCGGCGUCCUACGGCCUGGCGUCCACCUUCGGAGAUGACUCCCUCAGCGGAACCACCAGCGAGGAGUUCAAGAUAAGCUCAGCGUUCACAGCCACGCCGGCGCCGAGCUACGGCGAGGGCGGCAGCGAAGCCUCCUUCACCGAUGUCUUCCAGACUGACUACCUGCUGGCGGCCGCUCCCCUCGAGGACCUCAAGCCCGUCAUCAGCCACCCGUCUUCGGGGACGCCCCCGCCCGGAUCGCCAGGUCACACCGCAGUCACCGCUGCCUCGUCCGCAGCGGCCGCGGCUGCAGCUCUGCCAAGCUUCCAGGAGACUUACUCUCCGCGGUACAGACCGCUGGAGGCUGAUGUGUUCACCUUCAAGACCGACAACGGGCGGCCCGUCGAGUACCCGCAGCCCCCGCCGGCGCACCAGACUUUCCCUCAGGCUUCCCCGCAGCACCAGCAGCAGCAACAGCUACAGCAGCAAGCCCAGUUGAACACACAGCAGCAGCAACAACAGCAACAGCAGCAGCAACAGCAACAACAGCAGCAGCAACAAAGCACAGGUCCCUUCGAGGCCUACGCCCACUCGCCCCAGGUGUACGCCAGGCCUGCGCCCUACCCCAGUCCUUCCGUUCCCGUCACACACGGCUACUCCGGCCCGGCCAAGACGUUCAGCGGCGAGUUCUACCCCAACGCCCCCACUUACGAUGCUCUUCAGCCCCUCCAUCCAGACCAGUACAUGCGUCCCUCCACGUCCCACCACUACCCGGAGAUGGCCCCCUCCACCUCGAGCACGCCCCCCAUGCCUUUCCUGAGCCGCAAGGGCGCAGGGGAGCAUAUGGACCCCUCGUUGAUGCGCUCGCACCUGCCCCCCAUGGCUUCCGGGCGCCCCGCCUCUGAUCAAAAGCCACAGUCGCCAUCACAGCUGUGCGCCGUCUGUGGCGACACGGCUGCCUGUCAGCACUAUGGCGUUCGUACCUGCGAGGGUUGCAAAGGCUUCUUCAAGCGAACCGUCCAGAAAAACGCCAAGUACGUCUGUCUCGCUGACAAAAACUGCCCCGUCGAUAAGCGUCGCCGCAACCGAUGUCAGUUCUGUCGUUUCCAAAAGUGUUUGGUGGUGGGGAUGGUCAAGGAGGUGGUGAGGACCGACAGCCUGAAGGGCCGCCGAGGGCGCCUGCCCAGCAAGCCCAAAAGUCCCCAGGAGUCCCCGCCUUCCCCGCCCGUGUCCCUGAUCACGGCGCUGGUGCGGGCGCACGUGGACACCACCCCGGACGUGUCCAACCUCGACUAUUCGCAGUACCGCGAGCCCUCCAGCGGCGGCGACUCCCCGACCACGGAGGCCGAGCGAAUCCAGCUGUUCUACAACCUCCUCACCUCAAGCAUCGAAGUCAUCCGACACUUCGCCGAGAAGAUCCCCGGCUACCACGACCUCGCCCGCGAAGACCAAGAUCUCCUCUUCCAGUCAGCCUCCCUCGAGCUCUUUGUCUUAAGAGUAGCCUACAGACUCAUGAACAACCCCGAGGACACGAAAUUCGUCUUCGACAGCGGCCGAGUGUUGCACAGGUCCCAGUGCGAGUGGUCAUUCGGCGAGUGGCUACAAGGCAUCUUGGAUUUCUCAGCAUCGCUAAAAUCGAUGGAAUUGGAUAUUUCAGCAUUUGCUUGCCUCUCCGCUCUGACGAUCAUUACAGAGCGACAUGGCCUCAAGGACACCAAAAAGGUGGAGCAAUUGCAGAUGAAGAUCAUCAGUUCGCUGAGAGACCACGUGACCUACAACGCCGACGCCCAGAAGAAGCCUCACUACUUCUCUCGCAUCUUGGGGAAGUUGCCGGAGCUUCGAUCGCUGUCGGUGCAGGGCCUGCAGAGGAUCUUCUACCUGAAGCUGGAGGACCUGGUCCCGGCGCCUCAGCUGAUAGAGAACAUGUUCGUGUCCAGCCUUCCCUUCUGAAUCGGCGAGAGAACGAAAAAACGUCUCAAGACUGUAAAACCAUUAGGCUCAACGAUCUUCGUCUCGAAGUCGUGUUGUGAGCUGGCUCCUGACGAAGCUGGGACCCCUUGGUCGAGCUGACGUGGCCAUGGGCCUACCGGAGAAGCAGAGGGCGACGACGCCAGAUUCCCGUGUUACCUUCCCGCCCGCGUCAACGCUGCCCACUGCCCACGCCCAGCCAGGUCUGCGGUUAAGUGGCCACGCUCCUCAUGUAAACAUACCCCAUGCAGGAAGCUGCUGUACACUCCCCCGUGGAGUCAUGCCCACAGAAUAAAAACAAAAGUAAGAGUGCAUUGUAGUUGUCACGUGACGAAGGGGCAGCGUACGUGCAGACACACUUCAGAUUUACAGAUUUUAUUGAGAGUAUGAAUGCAUUAUAUUUUCAACAAUCGGUAUAAGAAGAGAGGCCCCUGGCGGUUUGUUCGGCCUUGUCGGCAUGAGAGUAUGAAAGCUCUGGUGUGCAUGAUAUGAGACUUGUCAGUUCGGUGGGACGCCCUUGACAAACUAGUCAUUCUGUGAUUUACUGGAAAAAAAGAUUUGAAGGAUGAGUAAUGAGAAUAUUGUUUAUACUUUGAGCUCAGUAAAGCUUGAUUCCGUAUUUUUGUAAUUACUUUUAAGUCAACUUAGAAUAGUCUGAAAUACAAUAUUUUCGGCCUUACCUUGUGCAUAGGUAAUUGUACAAAACCCUGUACAUAAAUACUC